GAUGCCUGCUGUCUGCAGCUUACGUGGACAGCCACAAGUGGGAGGCGAGAGAAAAAGAACACUGUCACCUCGCUGAUCUAGCAUCUUUAAUGGAUAAAACAUAUGAGAGAAAGUUGCCUGUUAGUUCUUUAACAAUAUCACGGUUUGUGGACAACAUUUCAUCUCGAGAAGAGAUAGACCACGCAGAGUAUUACCUUUACAAAUUUCGACACAGCCCCAACUGCUGGUACCUGAGAGACUGGACCAUCCACACGUGGGUCAGGCAGUGUCUGAAAUACGGUGCACAAGACAAAGCCUUAUACACCCUUGUAAAUAAGGUUCAAUAUGGAGUUUUUCCAGAUAACUUUACAUUCAAUUUACUGAUGGAUUAUUUCAUAAAGCAAGAAAAUUACAAAGAUGCUUUAUCCGUGGUUUUUGAGAUCAUGAAGCAAGAAGCCUUUGAAGUACCUUCCACCCAACUUCUCUCGCUCUAUGUUCUAUACCAUUGCCUGGCAAGGAAGACAGACUUCAGUUGGGAAGAUGAGAGGAAUUUUGGGGCAUCCCUGUUACUCCCAGGCCUCAAGCAAAGGAACACAGUGGGGCUGAGUUCCCAGCUGUAUGGCCUUGCACUUCUUGGGAAGGUGGAGUUGCAGCAGGGGCUGCGGGCUGUGUACCAGAACAUGCCUCUGCUGUGGCAGCCAGGCUACCUCGACCGAGCCCUUCGAGUGAUGGAGAAGGUGGCCUCCUCCCCAGGAGACGGAAAACUAUGUGGAGAAGCGCUCGAUGUGCUGGACAGAGCGCUGACGGCUGUGGCCGCUCCGGCCCACGGGUCUUCAGAGGAGCAGCCCCGAGAAGGUGAAGACAGCCAGAGGUCAGAAGAGCUGGUGGAACAGAUGGACGUGGAGGAAACGGAACAGUCCAAGCUUCCCCAGUACCUGGAACGAUUUCAGGCCGCACAUUCUCAGCUUCAGGCUCUGGGCAGAGUUGAGUCGGGAAGCCUUUUGACUCUGACCACCCAGCUUGUCCACGAGCAGCUCCCCAGCUGUGAAGCAGAGGACAUCGCCACCUAUGAGCAGAAGCUGCAGCAGUGGCGUCUGGAGUGGGGAUGCCUGGUUCAGAGGGAACGGGAGCAGAGGGAGAGGGCGAAGCAGGAGCACCAGGCUUGGAGAGCAGCCAAGGCGUCUGCCUGACGGGGCCC